CAGUUUACAAAGAGAAGAGAAAUAAAUCCAAGAGAUCCACUCUUCUUAGUGAUCAAAACCCAUGACAUCUGAGAAGAGUUCUGUCGCCGCCGAUGACGAACCGAAGGUUAAUUACAGAGGAGUUAAAGCUAUGCCCUUUGUUAUAGGAAAUGAGACUUUUGAGAAGUUGGGGACUACAGGCACUUCUAACAACCUUUUGAUCUACUUCACCACCGUCUUCAACAUGAGGAGCAUCACAGCUACAACACUUGUAAACGUCUUUAACGGCACCACCAACUUAGCCACCUUGUUAGGUGCAUAUCUAUGUGACACAUAUUUUGGCCGAUACAAGACUCUUGGAUUUGCGUCCAUAGCUUCUUUUCUGGGAAUGUUUCUGCUUACACUAACAGCAGCAGUACCGAAUUUGCAUCCUCCCCAUUGCAAAUCACAAGAAACUGGAACAUGCUCUGGACCGACACCAUGGCAAAUGACUUUUCUUUCUUUUGCUCUAGGACUACUAGUAGUCGGAGCUGGAGGCAUUAGGCCCUGUAACCUGGCCUUUGGAGCUGACCAGUUUAACCCGAAAACCGAAUCCGGGAAGAGGGGGAUCAGCAGCUUCUUUAAUUGGUACUACUUCACCUUCACCUUUGCUAUGAUGAUAUCCUUGUCGAUCAUUGUCUAUGUGCAGUCGGAUGUCAGCUGGGCCUGGGGUCUGGGGACUCCGGCGUUCAUGAUGUUCUUGUCAUGUGUAAUGUUCUUUAUUGGAUCGAGAAUUUAUGUUAAGAUUAAACCGGAGGGCAGUCCGAUGACGGGUGUGAUGCAAGUAAUCGUUGCUGCGGUGAGGAAGAAACAAUUAACGUUACCGGAGCAGCCGUGGAAUUCUCUUUUUAGCCAUUUUCCCAAAAGCACUAUGAAUUCCAAGCUUUCUUACACGGAUCAAUUCAGGUAAACGCUUGAUUUUUCCUUUUAUUUUUUAACAACACUGUAUUUUAAUGUCUUUUUGCUUUAAUGUUCUCGUCUAUGUACGUAGUUAGGGGCCUUAAUUAAUGGGAACUAAUGCG